AUGCAGUCCUCAGCCAGCGUCAUUGGGGUAGACGCCAUCGAACACAUCCUGGCCGACGCCUCGUCAUGGGCCAACCCCGGCGCCGAGGACCAGGGCCGCGCUCACAGGACCGCUCUGCUCGGCGAUGUGUUCUCGACCGCGCAGCACAUGUGGCAUGCGGGCAGUCAAGAGAUUGAUGUGGUGGCAGAGAAGCUGGGUGAUGGGAGCCGAGAUGCCUCAUGGAGACUGCCCUAUGGCGACUCCGGUAUCGUGGACUUGUUCCUCAAGAUCGUCACCACAUCGAACCUGCGCCCGGCGUUGAAAAAGCACACUCUCCGCAUCAUCGGCAACUCAUGUGCCGACACAGAUGAGAACCGCGCCCGCGUCAUCUCCUCAGGCGCCCUUCCAGCCAUCAUCGCUCUGCUCAACGACGACGACGUCCUCCCGUUUACUAUCUCAGUCCUCUACAACAUCCUCGUGGACUACGAGCCAGCCCAACAAGCAGCCUCGGCCGCCAACCUGACCCUCUCGAUCGUCAACCUCCUCACAUCGCCCCGGCUCUCCCAAGCGCAGAGCCUUCUAUCCCUCAUCGCCAAACUCGUCGCUCUCCUCGCAACCCACGAGUCCGAAGCGACCCUCGCACCCCCUCAAACGCCCUCUCUCCUACUCACGCUCGCCCUCACCCCGACAACAGAGCCCGAAGACUUCGUCACCCUCACGGCCGUCGCCCUCGCCUACCUCACCCACGCCCCCGUCCAAAAGGCCUUCAUCGAAACCGGCUCCGUCCCCAUCCUCCUCGCCACUUUCUACCACCUCCAAACCCAGCUCGAGGCUAUCCGCGUCGAGGACGAAGAUGCCGCGAUCCAACUCAAGGCCCUCCCGCAGUCCUUCGUCCAGCUCCUCUCCGACAUCUCCUACGACGACGCCUUCACCGCCCACAAUCCCAUCGGCUCCCCCGUCAUCCAGACCCUGCAAUCCUGGCUCGCCCUCCCCAACGUCCACCUCCAGUCCGCCGCCUGCCUCUGCCUCGGCAACGUCACCAAAUCCGACGAGGCCUCCUACGCCCUCGUCAAAUCCCACUCCGUCCACCUCCCCCUCGUGCCCCUCCUCCGCAUCUCCACCGACUCAACCCUCCUCCACGCCGCCCUCUCCUUCCUCAAAAACCUCGCCAUCCCGCCCCAAAACAAGCCCGCCCUCGGCGACGCCGGCCUCCUCGACGCCGACAUCCUCCCCCGCAUCUGGUCCCUCGACGUCAACCCGCAAGUCCAGUUCUCCGCCGUCUCCCUCACCCGCCUCCUCCUCGUCAACACGCCCCCCAACGUCCGCCGCCUCUGCGCCCCGCUCAACCCGGACCCCCUCUCCCCCUCCCACGACACCACCCACCUCCACCGCCUCCUCGACCUCUUCGCCCGCACCGACGCAGAGCACACAAAGACCGAGGCCGCCCGCGCCGCCGCCGCCGUCUGCCGCGUCCUGCACACCACCCCCAUCCCGCCCCUGCUGCCCGACUGGGACCCGACGCAGGACGGCUACGUCUUCCGGCCGGAGAAGCCGCUCGCGCCCACCGCGGCCGCCGAGGCCGAGGCCGACGGCGGCGCGCGCAGGAGGGAGCGCUUCUACCGCCAGCACGCGCCGCUCAACAAGGCCCUCGCGUUCCUCGUCACGCAGGCCAAGUUCCCCGUGCUGCGCAGCGAGGCGUGGUUCGUGUUCGCGCUCAUGUGUCGUGCGAAGGACGGCGCUGGGGUCGUCAUUCGUGCGCUGCAGGUGCCCGGCGCGUUCGAGGCGCUGACGGAGGCGAUUACGGGGCGGACGUUCUCUGGGGAGGAUGUGGAGGGGAGGCCGGCGGCGUUGCAAGCGGGUUCGAGCUCGGAGGCUACGGUUGUUGGAGGGGAGGGGAAUAGUAUGGCGUUGGUUGAUGGGUUGGGACUGGAGCCGCAGGCGGCGGACCCGAGCCAGGCGGCGGGGAUGAAGAAGGUUGAUCGGGAGAAUGGGCUUGUUAUGGUGAGCGAGCUUGUGAGGAGGCAUGAGGAGGAGCUGCCUGCGGUGAGGAGGGCUGCGUUUGAGGAGAUGUUGAGGGAGGGCGGGGAGAUGCUGGCUGAUGAGAAGGGGAAGGAGACAUGA